GGUACGUAGUUAGACUUCUAAACCUUUCCCAGUUGUCAGUUUCUGAUCCCAGAAAGGCUGCAGCUGGCUGGAAGGUUCUGGGUGGCAGUUCAUUCUCGGCUCCUCACACUUUUCUACACUGUCCUUUCUUUUUGACUCUAAGGUGGAGUUUGCUCUGCGGAAUGAAAGUCUCUUCUGUGUUCUUCCUGGGCUCCCCCCUGCUACUUAGACGUGUCCGCGUAGGUGUAAGCUAAAUGAGGUUACUCUGUUUACCCUUCUAGCAUUAGAAUUAUGUAUCCGUGUACGUAAAAACCUCGAGCACUAUUCACGACUGCUUUGGACAAACUACCUUGUACUUUGUACUUUGUACUUUGAAGCGCACCAGAAAGGUGUUGACGGUUAUAUAUUAGGGAGCGAUAACGUCUCACGUUCGCGUUCAGCUGUGAGCCAUGGUGGCAUUGAUUUUAGUAGGCGCGCUGAUUUUUCUUACACAGAGAGUGUCUGGACAAAGUACCAUAAAAUGGUGCGCAAUUUCGCAAGAGAUGGCUAAGUGUAAGGCUAUGGCCGAGGCCUUUUCCAGCGCAGCUAUUCGUCCAACACUUCGGUGCAUCCCUGCUGCUUCUGUGGCUGAAUGCGCUCAAAAGCUAAUGAAAAGGGAAGCUGAUGCAUUUUCCGCCCAUGCCCAAGACAUCUAUGAGAUUGGAAAGCAAGCUACGUUCAAAAUAGCUGCCGCAGAGACCAAUUCUGAUGGUGAAGAUACAACCUAUUAUGCAGUUGCUGUGGUGAAGAGGGCAAAUUCCGCUAUUAAUAUUAACAGCCUGAAGGGAAAGAAGUCCUGCCACACAGGUCUGGAUCGCACAGCUGGCUGGAAAAUGCCUGUGGGUUAUCUGAUUGACAGUGGAAGGAUGUCUGUCCUGGGCUGCAACAUAACACAAGGUUUUGCAGAGUUCUUCAGUGCUAGCUGUGUUCCUGGAGCAAUAGCAGAGGCCCCCUCCCUCUGCCAGCUGUGUGGAGGUGAUGGCUUUGGCAGCCAUAAGUGUGAGAUGAGCAGUCAGGAGAAAUACUACUCAUACAAUGGAGCCUUCAGGUGCCUGGUUGAAGAUGCAGGAGACGUAGCCUUUGUUAAACACACCACAGUUACUGACAACACUGAUGGCAAAGGAGAGCCCUGGGCCCAGGGCCUACACUCUGAGGAUUACCAGCUGCUGUGCCCAGAUGGUACUCGCAGUUCUGUCUCAAAUUAUGCACAGUGCCAUGUGGCUAGAGUGCCGUCAAGAGGCAUUGUGGUCCAGAGUGACAUCAAGGGUUCUGUGGUGUACUUCAUGCUGAAAGAGGGACUGCAAAAGUCUCACUUUCAAAUUUUCUCCUCGAUGGCCUUUAAUGGUACCAAUCUACUAUUUAGUGACAACUCGGCAGGAUUUAUCCUUGCUCAAAAUGAAGACUAUAUCACAUGGAUGGGUUGGAAAUACUAUAACAUAUUAAAAACUAUGGACUGCUCAAGCAAAGAUGUUCCUGAGUUUCUUCGCUGGUGUGUGCUGUCUUAUGGAGAACAAAGUAAAUGCUCCUACAUGGCUGAGGCCUUUAAAAGUAAAGAACUUAUUCCCUACAUCCAGUGUGUUUAUGGAACAUCUGUGGAGGAUUGCAUGCAGAAAAUUCAGAAUAAGGAAGCUGAUGCCAUCAACCUUGAUGGAGGCUACAUCUACACUGCAGGGAAGAACUUUGGCCUGGUACCUGCUGCUGGAGAAAGCUACACAGGGGAUGGUGAUGGCAGCACCUAUUAUGCUGUGGCUGUGGUGAAGAGGAGCAACAAAAACAUCCAGAGAUUCGAUGACCUUAGGGGACAAACGUCCUGCCAUACUGGUUAUGGCAGGACUGCUGGCUGGAACAUUCCUAUUGGCCUGCUCAUAGAGAAGGGUCUUAUCAGGCUGCCAAAAUGCCAAAUAGCUCAAGCUGUUGGAGACUUCUUCAGAGCCAGCUGUGUACCUGGUGCCAAUGAGCCUGGUUUUCCCAGCAAUCUUUGCUCGCAGUGUAUUGGAGACUCCAGUGGCCAGAAUAAGUGUGUUAAAGGCCAGGAUCGGUUUGACGGUUACAGUGGAGCCUUCCGGUGUUUAGUUGAAAGGGCAGGAGAGAUUGCCUUUGUGAAACAUUCCACAGUAUUCCAGAAUACAGAUGGAAAUGGCACAGAGCCAUGGUCCAUUAGUUUAAAUUCAAGAGACUUCCAGCUGCUGUGUUCUCAAGAUUAUCGUGCUGAAGUCACUCAGUACAAACAGUGCAACCUUGCCCGCGUCCCCUCCCAUGCCGUGAUGGUACGGCCCGACACCAGACCUCACGUCAUCUUUGGCCUUUUAGACAAAGCUCAGAUGUUCUUCGGGGUUAACUCUGACUCAGACUUCAAGAUGUUUGACUCCAGCAAAUAUGAGGGAUCAGACCUAAUCUUCAAAGACUCUACAGUGCGUGUUAUUGGUGUGGGGGAGAAGAAGACCUACGAGGAGUGGCUCGGCAAGCGCUACACAGAUGCCCUGAUAGCCAUCGGGUGCACUUCCUCCUCUGCAGCCUCGUCUCCGUGUCCGUUACCGCUGGCGAUGAGCUUGGCUGCACUCUUCUGUUUGGCUGUGUAGCAGGUCUGACAGCUAGUCAGGCCAUUCAGGUGUUUCUGAAAUGGCCUCUCUUCUCCGUCUUUGUGUGUUUACUCUUUCAGUGAUAAAGCUUCAGAUCAUAUCCAAUACUACUAAAAGCUGAUGUUUUUAAACACCGAUGUUUUAAACAUACAACGAGUAUGCAAUACGGAAUAGAUUUUUAGCUAAUAUAUCAAAUAUAUAAUUGCUUGAACUAAAUUGAUUUGCUCAUACUACAAAUCACAUAUACUUCAGAAUUUAGCAAAUCAAUAUCCUCAGGAACAUCUCUACUCUUGAUUGAAGAUUGUUAGAUUAGUCUUGCACAGUGAUUCAUAAAGCACACAGGAUCUCAUUUUGUUGAAUGGUUGGUUUAUUUGAUGAUAAUUUGUCAGUGAAAACUUAAAUUACUAAAAUUGUAAGACAUUCCUGAGAGACAUCCCUACUGAACUAAAAGCUCAAGAUGGUUUAGAGGAUUUUUAGAGUUAAGGUUUGAAAUAAACUAUAGAGGAAUGCUUUCCAAAUGCUUAUAGCCUUUCAUACAGACGUAUAACAUUUUCUCUUCGUCAUAGGGAGGUUUUUAAGAAUAUUUGGGUUUAAUUGCAUUGUGCCUGUCUUUGCUAAGAUUAUCACACAGUGAUGAUGAGAAAUAAAAUGUUACUUUUCCAUUUUCACUGGAGCUGCAACACCUACACAAAUAUUUUUACAAAUUAUUAUUAAUUUAAUAAUUUUUAUAAUAACAAUAAUUAUUAUUAAUGUAUUAAUUAUUGCAGCAAUUGCUGACUACUAAGGGCAAUAGCCAUAUCAGUGCAUAUGCUUUGCCUGUUAAAUAUUUAUUAUACAGGUUUCAGUGUUUUUGUAAGUUUCUUUUUAAUAAACUACUUGAAGGAACAUAUAUGGAUGGGAAUAUGCCAUUUCUAAUGCAUCCCAGCUGACAAUUUUCACUGAUUUUAUGUCAAUAUGUAGAGCAUGCAAUGGUGUUUCACUGCUGAGUGGACUGUCUUCUGUUCUCCAGAGAGAAUGAAAUGGCAAGAAUAUUUUACCUCUUGUCAUUUCAGAAUCAUGUUUUCAGAAACAAUCCCAUGACUAUACAAAUUAAAUGUGGUAUUUAGAUGUCGUAUAAGUGCAGGUUUGAGCACUGAUGGAAAUGACAGAAAACUAUGAUUUCUACCUUUGAACUUUGUUACAAGGCAUAUGCUUCAUCUGGUAACUGUCCAGUUAGCAAGAACUUGCAACCUCAUAUACCAAGUUAAUUUCCAUUAGAUUUCUCUUCCACUUUUGUACAUGCUUUGUAUUAACAUUGUCUUUACUUGUCUGUUUAAUAGCACAAUGAUGUAUGCAUUUCACUAAUUUAAUUUGUUUGUUUCAGUUUGGCCCCAUGAUAAAUUAAUUGUAUUUAAUGUUCGGAUACCAUAUCAGUGUGUAUGUACUGACACAUUGACAUGUUUCACUGUGCUUUACCAUUUUGUAACAAUUUCUUUAAUGAAAUUAUUGAGAUGUAACUAAUAUUUAGUUGCCAGGCCAGUGUGUCUGCUGAAGUAUUAUUACAUAUUGUACCUGGGAGGGUUCUUUGCUAUUCUUUUCAAUAAAUGCACAUAUUUACAACCAUGAUUCCUA